AUGGCUUCCGACGUCUUCUACAACCGUAUUCCUUACACACAACAUCGCGUACCACCACCUCAUGAUCUUCUGACAGCAUCCGGCUCUUCUGGCACCGCUUCGCCAUCCACGCAUACUCAGUCGCAACGGUCGGCCGCCUCUACAAUUCGCUCAAGAGGCACUCUCACCUUCCCUCCUCUAUUCCUCGAUCCCGUCGACCAACAUGCCGCUCACGACCCCGCAUCCUCCAACCAGCCCAACCCCGGAUCACAACAACCACCGGGUACCUUCGUCCUCGGGUCCACAUUCUACCACCACCCGGAACUCAACGCCCUCGUAUCGAACCACCUCAUAGAUGCGUCCGCCAACGAGCUAGAUGGAACGGGACAUGCCUUCCUCAGCAGCAUCUUUGCAAAUCGAGACGGCGGAGCAAACGAUGACGAUUCGGACGCAGACGAAGCGGGAGGCGGUGCCAAUGCAGAUGCCGCGCCGGCUGUACCUAGGCCAAAGAUCACAUCCGAGUUCGUGAGCUUAAACGAGGAUCUCGUUCCGGCGUCUCUCGAUAUGCAUGGAGAUAUGUUACCCGCUGAUCAACAUCCCUCGUAUCCCUUUGGGAACCUUUUCGGUCCACUCGGCGGCAUGAUUGCGGCAGACAGCGCCAUCGUCGGCGGUACACUCUCGGCAAAUGCCGCUGCAAACCUCGGCGCCGGUCUAGGGGAUACAGCUGCAACCCUAGGAUUGGACUUUGGCGGCGGCUUGGACGGUUUCAUCAACCUCGGUCAGUCCAGUCACGGUCGCAGAAGUGCAGUCAGCAACGCCUGGAACAGCUUUAUCAACAAAGCUUCCCGCUCCAAACUCGUCGGCUCCGCAGGCACCUAUACGGAUUGGAAUGUCGAUUCGCAUCAUCAUGGCUCGACUUCCGGGGCGGCGAAGGAUGGGGAUGCUGCAACGUCACAGGUCGACACGAUAAGGUCGGCAAAGAAGCUGGAUCUGUCGCCGAAUUUGCUUUUCCGGACUACUACAUCGACUGUUUUGGCUCCUCCGAUGUGGCCAUUCCGACGACACGGUCCCGGGUGUACCUCGUAUGCGGCGCUGCUGCGGCCAGGCUCCAACAUAUAUGGGAGUGGUCCCGCGAGUCAGGCGGUGGCAGCAACACUGGGUGGAUUGCCGGCUUCGUCUAAGAUCCUAAAGGAGGUAUGGUCCGACUUGGCAUUGGAGCAGCUGGUGCCCGCCAACGUUGGUGAAACGUCGGCUGUACGGCAUCUUUCCAACGCGGAAGACGACGAAGACGAAGAGGCCGAUGCCGCGUCUGGGGAAAGCCGAGGCAAGAAACGUGCUAGAACAGAUCCGGAUCCGGACAGCAUCUUUGCCAAGCGAGUUGCCACCAUGGAAGCCGAUCCAUUGGAUCUUCUCGGACCCAUCUCACGCGAGAUUCGCGGCCAGGCAAGUCGACCCUGGGGAACAGCCACCCAGCCCCUUCCGCACACACAACGUCGCCGUCGCAAACGACGCCACUCGUACUCGGACGAAUCAGCGGAUUCCUCCGCCGAAGCGGAACACGACGAUGCCGAACAAGGUUUCGCACAACGCGAUCUGCUCCGCUACUCGUUCGCCCUUCCACCCGCCCAAUACAGCUGGACGGAGGAACCGGAUGACGAGGAGCAAGAGCACGAUGAGCAAGUCGAGUCGACGCUGCACGUCGAACCGGAUGGCAUCGGGUGGUCUACCGCGAAAAGGAUAUUUGUGAAUGAGGAGAGGGAUAGGUUGUUGCCGGAGGUGGCGUCGAGAGCGACGAAUGCGGGUGGGUUGGAGGCGUACAGGGUUAGAGGUUUGAGGGCGAAUCGUGGCGUGCUGCCGAGACAGGCGUGGAGGUGGGGCGAUGGUCCGCUGGACGCGGACGAGGCCGGAGGUGCAGAGGUGAGCUUUGCAACCGAGAUGUCGGCCAGUACGUCGCAGAGGACCGAUCUGGCGAGGACAGACAACGCAAGACGGGAUGGAGGGAACAGCGUCGAAGAUUCCGAAGGUGAGGUGCAGUACGACCACGACGACGAGGAAAGCCAAGGGACGUGGGAACAGGCAGACGGGGAAGAUCAGGAGUUGCAACGUGCGCUGUUGAUGCAGUAUCAGCAGGGUAACGGCGACAGUGGUGAUGGACAGCACCAGCUAGAGGACGAAGACGAUGUGCUGGAUGUGGAAGAGGAGGAAGAGGCGCAGGUGGAGUACGAUCUGGAGGAUGCGCAGUACGACGAAGAAGAUGAAGCGCAAGAUGAUCACGUAGAAUCCUUCGACGAGGAGUAG